CAUUUUCGUUGCAUUUAAAUUUGUAUCAAUGUCUCGUGGACUUUGACGUAAAUCAAGUCGGCUGAUAAAGAAAUGCCAGAAAGGAAGUAAAAACACCUUGGAGUAUACUCCGCUGGUUACACUGAGAGAACCAGUAAGCCUACAAACUCGAAGUUAAACGAGGACAACUGUCCCAAAGAAUAAAGAACAAUGACGAUAUGGGAGCAGGUAAGAGCACACCAAAAGAGGAUCAGAAUGUUGCGACAACCCAGCCAAAUAAAAGAGAAGUUAGGCCCACAGAAGGGAACAGACUGGCAGGCCAGUCCAGUGGCUCAGUGUACCAACUGCCCCACCUCUGUGCCACCUGCCUCUCUCCCUGGCAAGGUCCUCCUGGGGUGCUGGGCCGCUGUGCCAAUAAGAGGUGUGCAGUGGUGGGAACCCUCCUCACCUGUGGACUGGUCACCGACCCAACAAGCAAAGUAAAGGGCUGUCCAGAGUUCCGUGCUUGUCCCAAAUGCUGCAGUCUACUCAUGCACAGCUGUGGCUGCAAGUAUGUCAUCUGUUCCCAGUGCAGCCAUACAUUCUGCUACAUCUGCCUGAGUGACAGUGAAGAGUGCAGGAAGGACAAGGACUUGUAUUGGUCACUUACCUGCUCCAAGCCAACAGCUGGACGACAGUGGUUCACAGGGCCGUUUUAAGCCGUUCUGUGGCCCUGGAAUGUCUCGAGAGGAGGCCCCUAUACUGUGCAGUGCACGGACACAAAUCUUUACUUGAGUCUUGAAAAUUGAAUCUUUGCCGUUCAUUACAUUACGGUAUUCAUGCUGUUUAUUAAACUCACAACAGCAAGUAUAUUGACACUGAUAAUUGCACUAAAUUAAGUUUAUUUAGCUUAAAAUAUUUUUUAUUUAGGUUUUAUUAGGGACCAUGUACAAUUUCAAACAUAAAUGUUGCCAUUUCAUGUUUUGUACCAGAGUUAGCCUAGGGCUAAUUUACAUCUGCAGUCCCUUCAUACAUUUUGUGUUGCUUUAUAUGAUUAAGACAGGACUUUUAAUGUGAUCCUGAUACUGACCUAUUGGGGUGCUUUAUUUUGAUAUUUGGGGAGUGGGGGAAUUAGAAACCGAAAGGAGAUUGGAGCGAAAUCCUUGUAAUCUUGGUUUAAAUGUUCACAUAAACCUGGACUAAUUUUAAUCCUGUUACUCAAUUGCUUUAAACUCAGAUUUAAAUUUCAGGUAAGGAUUAAUUUUAAACCUGCUGAGAUGGCCUAAAUGUCUGAAAUGGCUGCAUUCCAAAAAUACAAAAUCCAGGAAAAUAAGGGACAUGUCUCAACCUAUUUUAUAGGUGCAACCCACCAGCAAAGGUUAGAGAAUACACCUGAGAAUACUGUGCUGAUGUGUUAAACUUCAUCUGUGUUUGAGAUCCCUAAUCCCCAUCAGUGAAAGUCCCUUGUUCAGUGGGUUCAGUAGUCUCUUACAGUUUAAAUGAAGUAGAUUUUUGAAACAAUUGUGUGUUUGCAUCUGUAGGAGUUGAGGACUUCUUGCCUUGUUAAGACCAGACCGCUACAUUUGACUUGCGACUUCCAGGGGCAUAACUAGCAGUGAAAUUAAACUUUUAAAUGGGUACAUUUAAAUUCCUAUCAAA